UAUAUAUAGCCGCGCGCUCGCCUCGCCUCGCCUCGCCUGCCACCACUCCGCUUCCAGUUCCAGUUCUUCGAGCUAGCUGCUACCCGGCCGUCCACGUAGACACACACACCCCACUCCGUGUCCGUGCGGAGAGGGAGGGCGAGAAUUGGCGAGGGGGAGCGAGGGAAUUGCCGGCGGCGAGGACGGAGAUGGGGAUGCGGCCGGGGUGGGUGGGCGGCCUGGUGGAGGAGAGCUUCUUCGUGGGGUGCGCGGCGCACGAGAACCGCAAGAAGAACGAGAAGAACAUCUUCUGCCUCGGCUGCUGCGCCAGCAUCUGCCCGCACUGCGCCCCCGCGCACCGCCACCACCCGCUCCUCCAGGUGCGGAGGUACGUGUACAACGACGUGGUGCGGCUCGGCGACCUGGAGAGGCUCAUCGACUGCUCCUUCGUCCAGCCCUACACGAUCAACAGCGCCAAGGUCAUCUUCCUGAAGCCGCGGCCGCAGUCCAGGCCCUUCAAGGGCUCCGGCAACGUCUGCCUCACCUGCGACAGGAUCCUCCAGGAGCCCUUCCACUUCUGCUGCCUCUCCUGCAAGGUGGACCACGUGAUGGUGCAGGGCGGGGACCUGUCCAACAUCCUGUGCGUGCCGGGCGGGGCGGCGCCGCCGCCGCCGCCGGACCUGGGCUGCGGCUUCCCGCGCUUCGAGAACCUCCGCGUCGACGGCGGCUGCGGCGACGACGACCCCGGCCAGGUCACUCCCGACUCCACCCUCGAGGGCCCCGGCACGCAGCAGGCCGGCCUCUACGGGGGCAGCGCCAGCUCCAGCACCGGCGCCGUCAUUGCCCCGAGGAAGAAGAAGAGCGGCAGCGGCGGCGGCGGCGGGUUCUUCCCCCAGAUCGUCCUCUCGCUCGGCAACCGGCGGAAGGGCGCGCCCCACAGGGCGCCGCUCGCCUGACCGGCCGCCCGCCGGCGACGGCGAGCACAGAUGGCACGCACUCGCCACAUAAUUAGUGUGCUGUUGACUAUGCUGUCCAUUACCGUUAGGUAAGCCGUGUUUAGUAGCCGUGCUUAAGUGUAAUCCCGUGAUUAGCCGCGUAGAGACAGGGAGUGCGUGGGUUGGUUGGGUGGGUGCUGCGUCCGGGAGCGAUGGAUGGCCUCUUCUUGUCCUCUAGCUAGGGCCCCCAUGCAUGCCAUCUAGCUAGCUCGGUGCAGUGUUUUGACGAGACCUGAGAGAGGGAGGAGGCAAAGGCAAAAGCUCCAGCUGCUGCCGGUGGCAUGGCAGCUGCCCCCCGUUGCAAGCCAGGUAGCCACAGGACGCCCCCGCCGCCGGCCGCCGGUGGCUGCCAAUUUUGUACUCGAUGCGACGGGGGGUCGCGCGCGCUGGCGCGCGUGCGCGACGCCAUUGUUAAGUUUGUCCAUGACCAAUAUAUAUAAUACUAGAUGUUGUCCAUGAUGCA